CAAGUAAGGAUUCUUUUAAAAUCGUUCAAAAUAAAAUUUAAAAUAUCAAGGACAUGAACACAAUAUUUUUAAGUCGUCGUCACUCAAAGUAUUUGUCAAUUGUUGCGGUGUUCGGAUUACGUUUUUCAAGUGGAAAUGAACAUUUGACCACGCGAUGGAGAAUCGAGAUGGAUGGGCUGAUGCAGAAUCGAGCACAACGGAAAAUUCCACAGAUCGUUCACAAGCUGAGCGAGAUCGAGUUCGGAUUGAGUUUUAUGCCACAUACGACGUCAUGACAGGUGUCCGAAUAGCCGCCACUUUGGGCGGUUUUUUCGCACUUAUGGUUUUCUUAAUUGUUUAUAAAAGCCGUAGUAAAUCAGUCAAGGCAUUGAACGAUCCAAAGCUGGUUGAAUUGGCUGAGGCUGUUGUGGCCGAGGAAGAAGCGGUGGAAGAAGAAAGGCAAUUAAAUUUGGCCAUAGAAGAGGCUCUAUCAGAACGUGCACGAUCCCGACCCUCAUUAAGCGAGGAGCCCCCAUGGCUGCGUUACUCACGAUUUUCAUCGUAUGGUGGUUAUGGUAGUUUACUGGCUCCUCCUAGACGGCUUUCCGGGCAUCGUGGAGACUCUUUACCCGGAUCGGCUUUAAAGUUUAAUGAAAGACGAUUUUCGGGUGGUCCACGUGAUCGCCGAUUGAGUUCGGCAACUUGUUCUAGUUCCGGGAGUUCCUAUUUAGAAAGGCGCGGCUCUUCAGUAGUGUGUGCCCUUCCGGAGCGACGUCUCUCGCCCUGUCCAAGCGAAAGACUAGCUCCACUAGCUUCAGUUGGUAGUGUAGGUGCAUCAUUUGCUGUAGAAAGUGAUCUUGUAUCAGUAGGAGCAGACUCGGUGUUUGCGGAAGAUGAUGCGGAUUCCACAGAUGGUGAAGUUGAGCAAUUCUCGACGGACAGUGGUGGUGGAACAGAGGUGGGUGCACUGGAUUGCACAGAACUUACAAGUAGACCAGUAUGUUCCACCAGUUUCAGCCGCGCCUCACAUUCGCGUGAAACGUUGUUCUAGUCCCCAAGAUCCUUCUGUUGAAUGUUACCUAAAUGUUAUUUAGCAUUAAUAAUUAAAAUAUCUACAUAUCAGAAUUAAUUAUUUAUUGUAUUUUUUUUCAUCAAUUUACGUACUCUAUAAAAACAUAUCAUUUGAUAUUUAUUAACAAAAAUGAUCAUUUGUAUUUUCCUGUAAUUACUUAGGAUAUUGAAGUAAAGCCUGUAAGUUUAAUAAUGUGACGUGAGUUCAAAAUCUUUACAGCCUGAUAUGUUGAUAUUUUAAACAAAAAUUAUUUUAGAUUGUACAUAAUUUGUUUUUGUUAUUGAAUUGAUGUAUUGCGAUGUUGAUGUUCUUAUAGGCGAUGAAAAAUGUGUGGAAUCUUUGUAUAGGCCGUUUCAGUUCAAUUUAAAAUAUCAAAUUAUCGUAAUAUAAUAUUUUUUAUUAUCUUAUUACACCGUAGCCAAAUUUGAAGAGUUUAAAAUAAUUAUAAAAAUACAGCACCAUCAAAUGGACUUAUUUCUUGAAGCACAUAAGUUAUACAUGUUGAAACCAAAUUCAGACUAGACUGAAAAUAAUCUUAAUAACAUUAGUAUGGGUUUUCUGCAAAUUCUUUAAUGAGGUAUUGAAUUAUUGUUGUGCCAUUAAUUAUGGUAAAAUUAUAUUGCUUAGUUAUUUGGUGUUGCUGGAUACACCGCGUAGUGUUCUAUGUAAGUUGAAUAUGAAGAAUUUACCGAAUUAAUCUUUUGUAGUUAUAUAUUAUUUACAUAAUGUAAAUAGUUAAGAUUUCCCUACAUUUGUACUUUUAUUAUUUUAUAUGAAGUUACACGCACAAUGGCCUCGUAAACUUAGUACCUUCCAUUCGCUUAUAAAUUCUUAUUACAAAUGGUAGUUAAUCAAUAGUUAAUAGAAAUAUUAAAUGGAUACAGCAUUUAAUUUCGCCAAGAUCAGUAUUGCUUCCUGUUAACAGAAUCCAUUUACCGCGUUUAGCGUACAUUUUUAGGAAAAUCGUUUACGUAUCUGUAUUUAGUAUGUUGUAUUAAAAGGUGAUCUCUCCUAAACGAUAUAUUUCUGACUGGCUUGUACUACUGUUUGAGCUUGACAUAGAAUAUAAAUAAUAGAUAAAUUUCCAUAAAGGGUAAACAUGUAGCUAUCAUUUCUAUGUUGUUACGAAGUUUAUUUAUAUAAUUAAAAUGUUGAACACCUCUUUAUUUUUAUCAGGUGCAAAGGGCAGAUAAAAUCGAUGCGGCCUUUGACCAAAAAGAAAUAAAGAAGCGGCCUAAAAUGUUGCUUUGACCUAUCUGUGAAUAUUAUCGUUUCAAAAAUACUGCCACCAUUUUUCUUCGUAGAUGAUGUUGUGGACACGAGAAUUUUAUUGAUUCUAGUGUACCAUCCCGUAUAGAGCGGGUCCAGUAGAUUAACUAACACAAAUCGUUAUUACGAUUUAGAUUUACGUGUUAGUUUAUGUAACUGUUCGUUGCUCGAAUAAAAAAGAGCUCCCUGUAGUCUGUAAAAUGUUGAAAUGUAUGUAAAAAUAUUGUAAAUAUAUAACACGAGUCA